CGACGACAUCGGUGACAGCGAGAAGCGACUCGUAACUAUUUUUAAAAUUUAUAAAAACAAAAAAAUAAUUUAAAAAAAAAACAAUAUUUUUUGCAUGUAUUAAUAAUGUACAACGAAAAGAAAUCAAUAAUAAACGCGAUCCGAUCAUAAAGUACGCUAGUGUAGACGUUAUCCUAUUUAGUAUUAAUUACCCGCAUACUUAAUUUAUUAUGAAUAAAACGAGCAAUCGACCCUUGUUGCUUCUAUGGCGUCCCCGUUGCUAAGUGACGAGCGAUGAUGAUGUUCUUCUGUCGCGACCGCCAUGUUAGACCGGAUGUCAGCUGGAAGUAGAAAAGGAAACAAAAAAGUAUCAUGACAACGGGAUAAGACUAAAAAGAUUUUCUUAUUAACCAAAUAUAAAAAAUGGAAGAAGUAGUUACUGAUCUUUCUUUGAAGAAGAAGAAGCCAAAUCUUGAAAUAGAAAAUAAUGCUGUGCAAGAUAUUGAUAGUGUUGAUUUGAGUUUUAAAAAUCCAAUAGAAACAAACUAUAAUCUUACAAAAAUAUUAGACUCUCCAAGUAUAGGAAUAUGUAAUUUACAAACAGUGGAAAGUAGAAAAAGGAAAAGAAUAGAAUUGCAGCAGCAUAGAAAUAAAUUUCCUUUACAUCCAUUUCAACAUCAGUUUUAUAGGCCUACAACUUUUGUUGAACCUCCUCAUAUUAAAUCUCCUGAUGUAAUUGUUUUAACUGAUGAAGAGGACAACAUGACUAAUGGUCAUGUUAAUGGUGUAGAAAAUAAUUCUCGAGCUGAUACUCCAGAAUCUGACAUGACCCUACCAGUUUCACCUCAGUUAAAAGAAUUAACAGAGGAGGAAUGGAGAGAGAGAGAGAAGAAGAUAGCAAGAUUGAAACAUGUAUUGAGAGAUGAAGAAAUGAAACUUGUUUUAUUAAAGAAACUUCAUCAAAGUCAAAUUAUGAAAGAGAAUUUAAUUGGAACAGCUGUUAACACAGCAAAAUCUAACAUUGGACGGGUAUCUGGAGACACUUCAUUUAUGUCUUCUCCACUAAUUAGAAGCCAUUUGUCUUCCUCUGCUAAUAAUAAAUACUUGCUUCAAAGAUCUGUCAUGCAACCUUCCACGGUAAAUAUAUUUAAAGUAUUGCUAUUUUUAUGUUUUUCUUUUUAGAAGAAUACUUUUAUUUUAUUAUAAAUAUAAAGGU